GGAUGUGACUGCUCAGCUCUUCCAAUUUUCGAGAUAACUUUUCCUUUGUAUUCUGAAAUAUGUAGUCAUUUCGAUUACAUACGUUGUAUCACGAGAAAAUUAGCAUAUUGUCAAUGGAAUGGUCACGGGCAAACAAGCCCCACCUCAUUAUUGUGAAAACUUAACUCUGCAAUGGCAAGAACAGAUCUGCAUCUUGAUGCGAUUCAGGACUGUGGCCAAAGAAACUGAUCUUGUUAAUUUGAUAUAAAGCAUUCCCAUGAUAGUAAAUCUAUUUGCAGGAGAGAGAAAUGAAUUCAUUUUACAAAUUCCUGCCUUUCGCAGUGAUGAUUUCAUUGGAAUGUUUUGAUGUGGGAUUGACAACAUUGAGCAAAGCGGCUUUCUCCACAGGAUUGAACCAUUUUACGUUUGUAGUCUACAGCAAUGCUUUGGCUUCAAUCCUAUUAUGCCCAGUUGCAUUUUUAGCAGACAGGGGUAAACGGCCACCUCUCACGUGGCCUAUGCUGGGUAGAUUUUUUGUUCUUGCCUUGUGUGGAUUUACCAUCAUGCAGAAUUGUGUCUUCACCGGUGUAAGUUAUGCUUCCCCAACACUAGCUACUGCAAUGGCGAACCUGAUCCCUGCAUUUACCUUCGUAUUAUCUAUUAUUUUCAGGCUGGAGAAAGUGAAUAUAAGAAGUUCAAGUAGCCAGGCAAAAAUUUUGGGUACUUUCAUAUCUGUUGGUGGAGCAAUGAUUAUUACUUUCUACAAGGGUACCGUCAUAAAAAAUUUUUGGUUUUUAAACCAUGAUUCAGAAGAAAAUUACCAUACUUCAGAGAAGACAACAACAUUGAAAGAUUGGAUCAUAGGAUCUCUUUUUCUUGCAGGAGCCUCAAUCUCCUGGUCAACUUGGAACAUAAUGCAGGUGGCGACCUUGAAGAGAUAUCCAGCUGAAUUGUCAAUUACCUUUUUUACCACCACUUUUGCGGCUAUGCAAUCAGCUAUUCUAACAUCUGUUGCUGAGCAUAACUUAGCUGUUUGGAGUCUAAAUUGGGCUAUUGAUGUUAUAAGCAUUUUAUAUUCAGCAAUUAUUGGUACGGGGCUUACUUACACCAUGCAAACUUGGUGCAACCGCAAGAAAGGACCUUUAUUUGUGGCAAUGUUUAAGCCGAUUGGGAUAGUGAUUGCGGCUAUAGCAUCAGCCAUAUUUCUUGGUGACAAACUACAUAUUGGAAGUGUUUUGGGAGCAUUUUUUAUUGUGUCAGGUUUCUAUGCUGUGAUUUGGGCUCAAUCAAAAGAUGCUAAUACUACUGAAAAACAGUCAAGCAUAGACUCCGGAGAUUGCCAAUUCAAUCCAAUUGAUGGUGAUCUGAUUGAUGAUGAUCCAAUUGAAACUAGACAGUUAUUGUUGGCAAACAAAGCUCCAUAAUUCAUAAUAACUACUGGACUGAUCAUAACUGUACUGUAAUUUAUUAGUUCUAACCUUGGAAUUGCUAGGGAAAGUUGAAACUUGCUAUAAAUGCUUGUUAACAUCAUGAAGUCAUUUGGUUCCCUCCGAAGGUGGUAGUAGACUAUUUGAGCAACAUCUACGGUUAACUUUUCUUAAUGCUUGUAGGAGCUAGGAGUUAUUUAAAUUCAUAGUCAUAGUGGUUGA